AAUUAAAAUACAUAAUAAUAUUAUCCUUCUUGGCUGAUUAUCCGUCAGAACGUUUAGAUAAUAAUAUUAUAAUAUGAUUUAUUAAGCAUCACGAGUAACCCACGGGCAUGGACUAAAAUAAUAAUAUAUAUCUAUCCUAUUUUAGUCAGUGUCUCAAAGAUAGGUACAUAUUAUAAUGAACAAUCACUAUAUAUCAUGGUGCUAAAUUGCGGGAAAUUUAAAAAACGAGUUAAAAUUUGAUAACAAAUUUGAUAACAUCACAAAAUAUUUUUAAAUUCAAUGUGCUUACAGUACCUAAGUUUUAAUUUUAAGUAUAAUUUUUUGUAAGUCCAUGGUCCAUUGUCACCUAUUUUAAUAUUUAAUACUAAUAUACGACUGAUAUUUAUUAUUAAUUUAAUUCUCAUGAUUAAUUUAAGAAGAUCUCUAACUUUAAGAUAAAAUAAUGAAAUUCCGUGGAAAAAUCAUUGAUCCGCAUUGCAUGAAACAGUUCUACAGUAUUGUUAUUAUUUUAUCCAAAUUAUGUAGAAAUGUAGUAUUGAGACUUAGUUCUACUAAACUGUACUUAAUUGCUUUAAAUGAAUCAAACAGUAAUCAAAUCAGUGUUUGGUCUGUAUUAGAUCAACAGUCAUUUUUUAAGGACUACGAUAUGAUUGGUGAAACGGAAUCUAAUGAAAUUUUAUUUAGUUUACCAAUUGAUAUGCUUGCAUCCUCAUUGAGUUCAGCAAAACAAACAAACUUAAAAACUCUCAAGAUGAAACUUACUGAUAAACUAUCUCCAUGUCUAACUAUUGAAUUGGAUCUGGAGUCUCAAGUAUCUAGUAAACAGUUAUGUACUCAUGAUAUUCCAGUUACUGUUAUACUACCAAAAGAUUGGUCAGAAUAUAAGGAGCCUACCAUACCUACUCAUAAUAUAAGUGUUGUUAUGCCAUCAAUACGAGUAGUACGCCACAUUGUUGAUAAGAUGAAACGUAUUGGUCCCAGGUUAAUGGUAUCAUUGGAUGCUUCUGGAAAAAUGGUUUUAGGAGUUUCAAAUUUAUCAGCUACAGUCGACACACAUUUUAUAGAUCUUGAGAUAGUUAGUGUACAAAAUUCAACUGAUAAAGAAAAUAAAUAUUCUACAAUAGUUGAUAUCAAAAAAUUUUCACAAUUUUUAAAUUGUGAAACAUUAAACUUAUCAAAAAUAUUAUGUCAUGUAGUAGAAGGAUUGCUGUUACAUUGUUCAAUUGAAGAAGAUGAAUAUGUAUUACAUUAUUUCUUAAGUGGAAUUGAUGAUUAACAUUAAAAUAUAAAAUUAGUAGGUAAAUAAAUAUAUUUUUUAUAUCUAAAAUAUUUAAAAGCAUUUAUUUACUUAUUUUGAUCCAAUAUCCAUAAUUUAAAAGAAUGCAAGUUAAUUAUUAUUUGUUUUGUGCUACAUUGCUAGAUAUUGAGUUAUUAAAUUGUAUGGUAUGUAAUUAAUAUGUAAUGAUUUUACAAUGAUGUGUUUUUUUUUUGUCUGUGUACACCAUAACUUGUUAAAAUAUAGCUUCAAUUUAAAACUUUA